AUGCUGCUACAGUCUACAGCAGACGCUUUUUCCCAGCACCAUGUUGCUGUGAUUGUUACCUCAAUCAUACUGGGCAUCGCAGCCAAGUGCCUCUAUGAGCUGUGCUUUAACCCCCUUGCCCGAUUCCCCGGCCCUAGAUAUGCCGUCGUGAGCCGGAUUCCAAACCUGUACCACACGUUCAAAGGCGACCACAAUGACUGGAUCACCGAGCUCCAUAAUAUCUACGGCAGCACCGUCCGUGUGGCUCCCAAUGAACUGAGCUACUCAGAAGCCAAAGCAUGGAAGGACAUUUACGGCCAUGCAAUUGGCGGCGCGAAACCAACGGAAAAGGAUGCUCGGUUCUACGGGCCCUCGUUCAACGGUUCUCCGGAUAUAAUCCGUGCUUCUGGCCCUGACCAUGCGCGUUUCCGCCGCAAUUUCUCCCAUGCAUUUUCUGAGAAGGCUCUGCGUGAACAGGAGCCGCUCAUCUGCCACUAUGUCGACAUGCUGACUGACAAACUCUCUAAUCUGGCGCGUGAAAGCCCGGAAAGUCCGGUUGAACUAGUUCGACUGUAUAACCUCACAACCUUUGACAUUAUGGGUGAUCUGACCUUUGGUGAGCCUUUGGACCUACUGGCCGGGACUGGCGACGAUGGCUGGGUAUCUGCUAUCUUCAUGAACAUCAAGGCAAAUUCUCUGCGUCGACUCGGCCGUUACUAUCCCUGGACCGCACUAUUGGCCAAGAGACUCGUCCCAAAAGCCCUGAUUGACAAGGCCAUCUCGCACUACAAGGCGUGUCAGGAGCGGGUAGAUAGACGGAUUGACCCAGCACGAAACUCUCACAAGCCAGAUAUUUGGGGCAUUGUGAUGCGUCAGAAGGAGGAACUCCGACUGAGCCAUGGUGAGAUGUAUGCGAACUCGCAGGUAUUUAUGGUUGCUGGCACCGAGACAACGGCCACUGCACUCAGCGGACUGACAUAUCAUCUUCUCAUGAAUCCGGACAAAAUGGACAAGAUAAUCCGUGAAAUCCGAGGCGCGUUUAAACAGGACUCGGACAUCAGCCUUGGAUCUCUUAUGCGGAUGGAAUACCUGAAUGCGUGUAUCGAGGAAGGGCUCCGCAUGUAUCCCCCAGUGCCAGUGGGAAUGCCGCGAGUUGUUCCACAGGGGGGGAUGUCUGUUUGUGGGGAGCAUAUCCCUGGCAAGACUGCAGUAUCAGUCAACCAGUGGGCCACAUAUCGAGAUCCUGCCAACUUCAAGCGAGCAAAUGAGUUCAUCCCCGAGCGAUGGAUCAGCGACGAAUUUGUCACUGACAACAAGGCCGCCCUCCAGCCGUUCUCGUUUGGACCGAGAAACUGCCUGGGGAAGAACCUGGCAUACAGCGAACUGCGCGUUAUACUGGCCAAAGUGCUGUAUAACUUCGAUCUCGCCCUGGCCCCAGAGUCUGUAGGAUGGGAUAAACAGAAGAUCUUUUUACUGUGGGAGAAGCGCAAGUUGAUGGUUCAUUUGAAGGAGCGAGCAAAUGUAUAG